CGGCAACUCGGCGGCGCGCAGCAGGAGCGGGCGGCUGCGGCCGCCUCCAGCCCGCGCUCACCGGCGGCGGCAGCGGCGGCGGCACCGCGCAGGUGCUCGUGAGGCUGUGGCCGUGCUCACUCAUCCCUUCUCCACUGUUCUUGCCUGCCGCCAGCAGGUCUCCAGCACCACACAGCCAUGACAACCUCGGCGCUGCGUCGGCAGGUGAAGAACAUCGUGCACAACUACUCAGAGGCAGAGAUCAAGGUGCGGGAGGCCACCUCCAAUGAUCCCUGGGGUCCUCCCAGCUCUCUGAUGUCAGAGAUCGCCGACCUCACCUUCAACACGGUGGCUUUUGCCGAGGUCAUGGGCAUGAUCUGGCGGCGGCUGAACGACAGCGGCAAGAACUGGCGUCACGUCUACAAAGCCCUCACCCUUCUGGACUACCUCAUCAAAACUGGCUCCGAGAAGGUGACCCACCAGUGCCGGGAGAACCUCUACACCAUCCAGACGCUGAAGGACUUCCAGUAUGUGGACCGUGAUGGCAAGGACCAGGGCAUCAACAUCCGGGAGAAGGUGAAGCAGGUGAUGGCGCUGCUGAAGGACGAGGAGCGGCUGAAGCAGGAACGGGCGCACGCGCUGCAGACCAAGGAGCGCAUGGCCCUGGAGGGCAUGGGCAGUGGCAGCCACCAGGUCGGCUACGGCCGCCGGGCGUCACCCUACGGUGAAGAUUACAGCCGGACACGGGGCUCACCCUCCUCGUUCAACUCAUCAUCCUCAUCCCCACGGUUUGCCUCUGACCUGGAGCAAGCACGGCCGCAGACGACGGGAGAGGAGGAGCUGCAGCUGCAGCUGGCACUGGCCAUGAGUCGGGAGGAGGCAGAGAAGGAAGUGAGGACCUGGCAAGGGGAGAACUCCCUGCAGCAGAGGCCUGUGGAGGAGACUGCCCCAGGCAGGGAGGAAGAGCAAGAAGAAGAUAAGAUGAAGAAAAGCCAGUCUUCUAUUCUGGAGCUGGCAGAUAUAUUUGGGCCGGCGCCAGCCCCCUCCAGCCACACGUCUGCUGACCCAUGGGAUAUGACAGAUAUGAAACCCAAGGUGGAGCCGGUGGCCUCUGCCUGGAGCGGUGCAGCGGAUCCCUGGGUGCCAGUGCCAGACCCUGGUGGGGAGCCCCUCUCCCAGGCGAGCGCCUCAUCCCAGCAAACCCCUGCUGGGCCCUGGGACUUUCCCCCCAGCACCACUGCAGCCUCUGACCCCUGGGGGAAGGCACCGAUGUCUUCUGGCUUCCCUCCUGCAGACCCCUGGGGAACAGCAUCCCCCCCAGCCCCCCAGGGCUCCAAUUCUACACCAGCUCCUGACCCUUGGGCUGCUGUGCCUGAGCAGCCUCCAACCCCUGCUCCAGGGGGGAACGCUUUUGACCCGUUUGCAAAGCCGCCCGAGCCGCCGGAGCAGGAGCCCUCGCAGCCGCCCUCCUCGGCCAAGUCCAGCAGCCCUGUGGAGCCCGACCCCUUUGGCGACCUGUUCCCCAGCACCAGGCAGGAUGGGGCAAAGAGCUUUGACCUUGCCAACCUGGCUGACUCCCUGCCUGAAUCCGGCAAGGAUCGGAAGGACUGUAAAACUCCCGAGGCCUUCCUUGGCCCUGCCGCCUCCUCCCUGGUCAACCUGGACUCCCUGGUCGCACCUACUCCAGCCUCCAAGACCCGCAACCCCUUUCUCUCGGGUCUGAGCACGCCGUCCCCCACCAACCCCUUCAGCCUCUCCGAACAGCCCAAGCCGACGCUGAACCAGAUGCGGACCAGCUCGCCAGUGCCCGGCCUGCCCACCGGCCACCCCGCCAACUCCAUGACCUACAGCGCAUCCCUGCCGCUGCCCCUCAGCAGCGUCCCCGCUGCCACCGCUGCCCUCCCCGCCUCCGCCAGUGCCUUUCCGCAGGCUGGCACCUUCCCCGAACUCCCCAGCACCUUGCCGCAGCCUUUACUGCCGCUGAGCGGCCCCCCGGCCCCGCCGUCCGCGCCCGGGGGGCUCAACCCCUUCCUCUGAACCCUCUGGACAUCUGGACAUGUGGACCCCCUCCCCAGCUGUUACAAUCCCCCCGAUCAUUCCUUCCACCAAGACUUGGGGGUUUGCUAAGCUGCAUGGGAGGGUGCAGCCCCCUCCCCGUGCCCACUGUGAGGGGCAGCCAGCAUGAGCCCCCGUGCUUGACGGGCAACAGGGGACCCCUUCCCCUGCGAGGGCCAGUGUGGGGGGCCACGGUGGGGCUGGCUGGGGGGCAGCCAGCAUGAGCCCCGGACCCCCCUUCCCCUGUGAGGGGCCAUGGCGGAGGCCUUACAAAGGGCUGUGGUGCGGGGGCUCCGCUCAGUGGGCCGGGCGAGUGCACGGGGUCCGGCUGCUGGAUGGACCCCCGGCGUGGUGGGACUUUGCCCCAGAACAGCGGGGAUCUCGGGCAGCGCAGGUCCGGGGGUGGAAGCCGCGGGUCCUCCCACCCCGCGGGGUUCGCCCUCCCUUGGCUGCUCCCCCUCACCCCCGUCCCGCCGCCACCGCCCCCCGCCCGCUGCUGGGCGCCGCUCCAGGGGCGGGGGCGGCGGUGCUUGGGCGCUGCGAUGGCGGC